AUGCAACUGGUGGACUGGAUAUACUUGUUUUCCGGCUUAUUACCUCUGGUUAGAAGUGCCUACGAUGUGGUGGACCUUUCAGUUGGCCAAAAUAUCACGGAAUAUCUGCUUUCCCGCCAGAAGAGAUAUCAACUGAUCUACAGGAAUGGAGGAACCAUCCGUUUGGUGGUGGGUCCCGUGAUGGCCACCCAACUGGAGGAUCCCGUCGUCUGGCGCGGCUUGGUUUACUAUUAUACUCUGCACUUUGGAGCAUUCACACUGCCAUCGGCUCCACUUUAUCCGUGGGACAAAUGGGAGACGCUCUACGCCCGUUCGCUGCAGGAGAAGAUCAGGAGCUUGGAUGAAUCCCACGAAGACGACACUCGCACCUUUGCCUACGCUGCUUUGGAGAACUACAUGGACCAGGUCAGUGGAUCGGUGGGUCGGGGACGACAGUGCUUGCUGCGCGGGAUCUGCGAAAAUGCCCAGGUUCAUCACCAUGUGGGUAUCAUGGCGGAGCUAUUAAACGUUCUUCUCACACCUGGAAGAACGCGCUUAGAUAUUUCCUAUACGGAAGCCUUGGCCGCUGGAAAAGCCGGAAUUGAUUGUUUAUCGCAUUAUUCGGAUUGUCCAAGAGGUGAAAGUGUCUUGGAUGCCUAUGCUGUAGAUGCGGAAUAUUAA